AAAACGCCCAUGUCGAGCGUUCUGUACACCAUGGACAAGUUACCGUCUGAUAUCCUCCUCGCGUUCGCCACGCUGCUAGAUGUCGAGGAUCUGCUGAGUCUGCUGGCGACCUGCCACUGGAUUCGUGCCCUCAGUGAAGAACCCGCGCUGUGGAUCAACUGCAUCCGGCGAAUCGAAGGCGUGCAAAUGCAUCCUGUCGUAUUGUCGACUGGGGACGUCGCCGCGCUGCCGCGUGCCCAGCUCAAAGCCAUGGCUCACCGUGCGGCCCGAAUUCUACGCAAUCUAGCAUCUUCCAGCCCCCGACUGGAGCGCAUCCAGAGUAUUGGAAGUCCUCUCCUUGAGGGCCAUUUCAAGUUCUUUAUCCCUGGAACCCGCCUUCUUCUUACCAAUGCGCCGGGAAGAGUUGAAUGCUGGGACGUGAUUCAUGCCCGUUUAGUUGCGAGUACUACACUUGAUCGUCUGCGUAUCCUCGGGACGAAUUGCGUCUCGUCCGGCUCGGAUGUUCUGUUCAGUGCCGUGGUCCUGGAGUCAGGCCCACUGGCAGGGCAUCAUAAUGGAAUUGUCAUUGAGUCUCUUGCGGUAAUCCGCAUUGAUCUAAGCGACCUCAAGAACAUCAAUAUCACGACGGUCGUCUCUCCCCGUAUCAUACAUGAAGCACGGCAUACACCCCACACUGCGGACAUUUUCCUCACCGAGAAACUCAUGGGAAUUGCAUGUCGCGGGCCUGCGUUCACGGUAGAGGCAGUGAGCCUCCUGUGUUGGCCAAUGGAUUCGUCUCAGCCCGUCUCCUCGAUCCAGUACCCUUUCUCUCAGGCUUCGGGACCAACGGUCCGAAUGGUAGGACUAAGCUUCGACGCGGGCAGCGGAAUCCUUUACGGACUUUCCCCUGUAUCGGUGAUCAACAACGACCAGUCCGUGGUGUACAGCAUCCCCAUACGUCCCGUCGACGGCAGUAUCGAUCCCGCGGCCCCGAUGACGACAACAACCAUUUCACACAGCUAUGAUGAUGGCCCGCGUGAGUACCAAUCUGGGUCCUCCUCCGGCUCCGCGACUACUUUCAGCUCCCAUGCCAAGUUCGGCGUCCGCGCCGUCGCUCGCUUCUGCCGCCAUUUCAUUCAACUAGGCGUUCCCGGUGCGGAGCAUCGCCGGCGGCGAAAUUAUCUUGUCUUUCUCACGGGCACAGCACACGGGCCUACCUCGGACUCCCUGCUGUUUGAGACCUUGGGCGACUAUCACGUGGCGGGGUAUUCGGGGCGGUACCUCGUGUUCUCGUCGCCCUCUGCAGGCGGAGCACAUGCCCUGGGAAUGGCGCGCUUGCUGGAGCGGGAGAGCGAGCUGCAAACUAUGCAUUUUCUAGGCGGCAGCGUCGAUGCGCGCGACGUCAGCAUACAAGCUGUGGAUGACAUCCUGGGGCUGGUAGCGGUGUGGGACGGAAAACGCAAGUGUGUAGAUGUCUAUUCGUACUCUGGUGAUUGGGGGUGCGGGACCACUGGCAACCCAACCUGGAUCAAAAGUGAUUCCUGA